AUGGACACAUAUGCUUCACACUCUUCAAAGGGGAAGGACACUAAUGUAUCUGGUGAUGAUUCUUUAACGAUACUCGAUAGCCGCGAAUCCGUAUUGAAGGAGUUGUUCUAUAUGAUAAGUAAAUCUGAUAAAUCUGAUUACAUGACAGAGAUAGACGUUUCCAAAGUCGAUCAAACAAAAUUGCAAGAAUUUUUGCACAAACACCAGCUACCUGAAAAUAUGGAUGCGCUGAAAAGCACGCAACCUACUUUCAAAACUGCUAGUCAAAGUGACCCAUUUUUAACAAACAAAUCCCAAGUAUCACAAACAUAUCAACCGAAUAAUCAACCGAAUAUUCAGUCACAAAACCAAAACGACCAAACAACACAAGUAAGGAAACAAAAACGAGUUUCACUACCUCCCGUUGAACGUAUGAUAACUCGCGCUGCCAGUGGUGCAAUUAAUCCAAAAAGUGUCGACGAAAUUCUAAAAGACGCGGAG